UCCCAUCAGUUCAACGCCAGCUCUCGCGAUCGACGGAAGGAAACCUUGGGAACUCGAAUCGCAGUCGGACACGGAAGCUAGUUUGAGUGUGUGCGUUUGCAGCUAUAAAUGACGUAAUGUUUUUGUGUUGGCCAGAGACAGUACAGUAAGCUGUGUGUGCAAAAAAAAGGGUGAAAAGAAAGGAAAAUUUUGUGGCCGAAGAUUUUUCCUGCCUUUUGGGGAGGAAUCGGAAGAAUCGGUGCUCCUCUGGUCGGUCGUCGGGAGUGUUUUUAGGGGGGGUAAAUCCUAAAUCGGAAUCGGAAAAGCGUGUGAUCCUAAUUGGUGGGGCUGAUUUUGCCAGAGAAGAAAGCAAAGUGUGCUGUGAGUUUUUGUGUUGGAGUGCAUUUCGUGGGGAGGUGAGAAAAAAGGGAGUCAAAAUCUGACGUGACUGGCUGGAAGCACCAGCAGAGAAGCAGCAGUUUUUAUGUUGGGAAAGGAAUGAAGCAACUCGAAAAAAGAAAAUGGUUGAUAAUUUCGAGUGCGCUGGCUAUACGUUUUACUCCAAGUUCGAUUCGGGGAACCUGGGCCGAGUGGAACUGGUCCGGUGCUGUGAAGGACUGAACAUAAUCGGUAACAAUGUUAGUUCCAGUGUCGGUUGCCUAUCGGUAUCUAAUGCCGGCGCCAACGUGGGUGGACCGCUUUCUCCGGGAAGCACCACCCUUCUUGGCCCACCGCCCACCAUCCUGUCUAGUGGCGGGUCCCUGAUACUAGGAGGAGGAGGAGGAGGAGGUAACUCACCUACAGCUGUUCACCACCAUCACCAUCACUUUCCACAACCAACUUCUCCGCAACCUGCUGUUGGCUCUGUAACGACGACUGGGACUACGCCGGAGCUGCACCACCAGUUGCUCACCAGUCACCAGCCACAUCACCAUUCGGCAGCUUUUGUCGAGGUGGAAUUCAAUCUUUGGACGCGCCCGGAUUGCGCCGGAACGCCGUACGAGAAUCAGAACAGGACAUGGUUCUACUUCGCUGUGACGGGUGGCCGUCCGAACCAGAUAGUCAAGUUCAAUGUGAUGAAUUUGAACAAACAGGCAAAGCUGUUCAGCCAAGGUAUGCACCCGGUUACCAAAGUUGGCCCGGGCGGUCGUUGGGAGCGGAUCAAGGAUAAGCCAUCGUACUCGAUUGCCAACGAUGUGUUCUUCAUAUCGUUCCUACACAGAGCACCUGAGUCAGCCGAAACGAAAACCUAUUACGCAUUCACGUUCCCGUUCACCUACAACGAGCUGCUGGAACAGUUGGGUAAUUUCGAUAAGCGCUACGGGCGUCAUCCGUUCGAGAUGAAUCAGAUCGCACAGGAACUAUCACAAAAGUAUGAUGCUUCGAUUCCGAUUGGACCGGUGGAACUGGUUCCAUCCUUCGUCAAUCAUCACAUUCAGCCUCAUCACAGUAGCAAAAAGGGUAAACUGGUCAAAACUCCCAAAGUCGAACGGUCCAGCCCGGAAUCGUUUGACGAUACGGCACGUGAUGGGAUUGGUAGUGACGAAGGAAUCGUGCCAAAAGUAAGCGAUCCUGGUGGGAAGCAUCUGGACGAUGGUGAUGUACCAACGGCCAUGUCGAUCGACGACAACAAUACAUCGGAAUCCAUGCAACAGAUCACCAACCUUGUGAAUAAGGUUAAAAUCGAGUUACCACCUCAAGUUGAUCAAGCUAAGACCAAGUUACCAAGCUUUCAGCAGUUGCUCAAUACUCCAACCCUGGAGGACGACCUGAAAGCCACCAAUCUCGAUCCACGGGAUGACAUCUACUACUAUCGGGAACUGCUGACGCAUUCGGUGGAGAAGCGACGAAUCGAACUGCUGACGAUCACCUCGUUCCACGGUAUCCAGAAUACCCGAGAGGAACGCUUGCGGAAUCUGUUUCCCGAAGACAAGACACCCCGGUGCCAUACGUUCAAGAACAAGAAAGUUGUAUUCAUCUCGUCGCGUGUUCAUCCCGGCGAAACGCCGGCCAGCUUUGUGCUAAACGGAUUUCUCAGUACGCUACUCGAUCGGAAGAGCGUCGUGUCUAUUACGCUUAGGAGGAUGUACGUAUUUAAAAUCAUCCCUUUUCUAAAUCCGGAUGGUGUGUACAAUGGUUUGUACCGAUCGGACACCCGUGGGCACAAUUUGAAUCGAGUUUAUUUGACGCCGAACGUUGAAACCCAGCCGUCGAUUUAUGCCGCAAGGAAACUUAUAAGGUAUUAUCACCUCGGAGUGGACGAAGCGGAACCAUACGAGCUGGAGAUUGAGAAAAAGGCGGCAUUACUGAGAAGUCCCGACUCCAGCAGUGAAGAGAUCGUAGCCAUUUCUCCACUUGAGGAAACAUCCACUGCUGCCAAUGUAGAAACUAGCACCCCAAGUAAGGAGUGUCCACCGAUUAAGAAAGACUCCGAAUCCAACGAAGAGAACAACGCUUCGACUUCGGACUCCGGUUUCGGUGAACAAACCGUUUCGAAAAGCAGCACUAUUUCGUCAUCUUCUUCCUCGACAACGCUGGUCGGCUCUGAAAUCUCGAAGCCCACAGUUUCCACCCCCGCAUCUGGCGGUAACUCGGACCCGGCCGAAUCAUCCCCAUCCUCCAAUCCAGUUGAUGUUCUCCCAUCGAGUGACUCGGAUCCGAUCGCCACCACCGACGAGGUACUUCCACCACCGAAAGUGUUCACCGAGCAGCUGAUACCGGAUCUGCUGCCCGUGGUCACCGAGAGUGGCCUGGCGUUGCGACCAGUUCGCAGCGUGUCGAAUCUCAGCACUGCCAGCAGCAUGGCCAACAGCACCACUACUAAUGCGAGCACAAUCGCGCACAUCAACACGAAGAAACCACCACUGGUGUCAGCCAAGGUCGACACCGGUCGGAAGGGAUCGGCGUCCUCAUUCAAGAAUGUGAUAAAUAAACCGCAUCUGAUUGGCACCACUCCGAACAUGCUCAAAAUGAAGGAUUUUGGUGUCAAUUCGACUCAGCCUCAAUCGCAACAACUUCAGCAGCAACAACAAGCGCAAAGUUCCUUAGCAAAGUCAGCGUUGGGGACCUUGGGUGUCAAGAAGGCCAACGUUUUGCACCACAAACGCGGGGAAGGUAAAAUGCGUCCACAGACGCCCCAAAUGUACAGCCAUUUUAGGUCCCACCGGAACGAGUAUCUCAACCCGGCUAGUCAGAAGAAUCUUAACAUUAGUCUGGACUAUCUGGCUCAGCUAGACGAAAAGAAUGACAAAGUGAUCUACGAGGAGAGAAGCAAUAUGUUCCUUUACAUUGAUCUGCACGGGCACGCUUCCAAGAAGGGCGUGUUCAUGUACGGCAACCAUUUGCCGAGCACUAUAGAAGCCGUCGAGUGCAUGUUACUUCCUCGGUUGAUGAGCAUGAACUCCCAACACUUCCAUUACGAUGCGUGUAAUUUUAGCGAGCGAAAUAUGUACUACAAGGGCAAACGGGACGGUUUAUCGAAGGAGGGUUCUGGUCGAGUGGCUAUCUACAAGUGCACUGGAUUGAUCAAAAGCUACACUUUAGAGUGUAACUACAACACUGGCAAAAGUGUUAACAUUUUGCCUCCAAGGGGGAAGGAACCUGCCACUGCCAAAGUUCAAUCACCGGUUCCACCAAAGUACACACCCGCUGUGUUCGAGGAGGUGGGACGAGCUCUGGGUCCAUCGAUACUGGAUCUGACCAACUCCAACCCGCAGACGCGGAUACACAACUCGGAGUUCCGCACGCUGCAGGGAAUGCGCAAUACACUUCGGAUCGAAAUCGAACGCGGUUCGUCGAAGGCUCGUGUCACCAACAAGGUCCCGAAGCCACACUCCAAGCGACUCAGUAAUCAAUCGUCCAGUUCGUUGGAGAUCGCCAAGGAGAACGCCCUCCAAUGGGAAAACAUAGGAGUCCCAUCUAGUGGGUCGAUUAGCGGAACUGGCGGCGGUACAGGCAGUCCACCUGGUGCUGGCGCAGUAGGUGGGAAUGGCAACGGAAACGGAAAAGGAACCGGUGAUCCUCUCGGAGGUAACGCAUCCGGAUGUUGCUCUGCUACGUCCAGCGGUGGCAGACAGUUCCUCAAGGGAAGUUCUUUGAAGGGACACUCGGGGAAGAUUUCCCGGAAAACAAGCAGCGCUGGCGGCAAGGGAUUUGGCAAAAAGGAUGUUGUCAAAAAGAGCAAAAUCUUGUGUGAAUCUGGCGUUGCUGGUGCUGUUGUGACCAGCGGGAAAAAGCUGCAGGAGCUUAUGCGGAACAAAGAUCAGCACCAAGUGCCUCGAAAGAAGAUCAAAGUGUCCCCUCCCCACCAGCACGCAAGUGUAGUCGAUGGGUUCGACCUGUGUUUCAAGAGUAACCUUGCAGCUACUUCGUUGCCGAAUUUCUUAGCUGCUCCACCAUCGCUGGGAGAUUUGCCACUUUCGAAGAAGGUCAAGUCGGAAUCGAAGCUGCUGGAAGAGUGCCUGGACUGUGACGAUAGCCUGGAUGCGAUUCCGUGCUGUUCGUACACACUACCCACGACUACAUCCGGUGGAGCCGUAGCGCUUACCAAGCUGAUCUCGACCUACAGUCAAGCGGCGGCUGGGUCUCCUGGUGUGGCUUCCGGUGAAGGAAUAACUCCCAUCAGCAGCAGUUCCAUUGCGAUAAACUCCGGAAGUGGUUCUUCGUCAGGAGGCGAAAAGGACACAGGUAAGGCGGGUAAGAUUAGUAAGUUUAGCAAAGCCACAUCGGCCAAGCAGCAAGCCAAACUGGGAAAAUCUUCCAAAUCCAACGAUGGCGGGAAGUUGCUGAAAAAGAAACGCUCGCUCAAGACUGACUCGAAUUUGAAGCGGAAGAAAACUCGCGUAAAACCGGCACUUACUUAGAGCGUUGCAAUCUUGACAGCGGAUGAGUAAUAAAGGCUUGUGUUCCGGGUUAGCGGAAAUUGUGAUUCUGGAAGAACAUAUAUGCUUUCGAGUAUUGUUUUUUAUUGGUUUUUAUUUAUAUACAGACAUUAAAUUUCUUUGUUUUUUUUUGUGUUGAACUGUAAGAGAACUUGGGAAUGUACCUUGGGGAUGGAAUUUAGGUAUUUGGAUACAGCCUGUUACUGCCAUUUUUGUGAAUUUUCAUAACAAUAAAGCACAAUAUUAUUCAUACAUUUCAUAGUUUGCCAUAACGGAAGAAAUUUAAACAGCAUUUUCAAUUAAACUGAAAUAUUUAAUUUCAAUUUUCGUCACUGAUUGGUUGAGUUUCAAAACGAUCAGCUUGGCAAUAAAGUUCCUCAACAAUAACGAAAAAUUGGUUAAUACAUUUAGAUAAACCUUCAAACUUGCUACUAUCCAAAAUUACUGUUUUCUUCACCGAACGAAUAUUUAUUUAUACACCUCGAUUUUUUAUUUAUUUAAACUCCUUAUCAUUUGAUGUGCACAACACUCCACGUUACGAUUUGGAAAAGUCUCAACAAAUUCGUGCACCCAAACUCUAGCAUACUCUGUAAUCACUAUCUUUAAUAGAUGUUUUAAGCAAACCGAUUGGAAUUUCUGUGUAUAAUCAGAGAAUAACAUACACACUAGAGUAAUGAUAAAAACUAGAACUAGAACUACCACUAUUGGUAGCACCCUAUUUGAAUGUAGAAACUGAAAAGUCGUUCGAGUAACGGAACAUCUAUUUGUUAGAUCUACAACACACCGCAUAGAAAGAUUUGUUUUUACUAAAAGGUAACUAACACACAAAGAGUCGAAAAAUCGCAUUCAAAGGAGCAUGCCCGGCUUAGGAUGACGAUAGAGUCAGUAUAAUCGGUUUGGAUUCAAUGCGAGAGAGAGAGCGUGUCGUUGUGCGCGGUGUGGCGUUAGAGUAGCUAGUUUUGUGAAUGGAUGUGCGAAGAACAGGUCUUGCUUGAUGCUAGGAAAAUGUAUCCUUAUGACGUGUGAAAACGUGCUAAAAAACGAGAGCAAUGCUGUCGAAAGGUUGGAGUUCAUAUGCAAUAGGAGUAAAAAGCGGAUAAUAAACAAUAAAUUGAGUAACGCAAAGUG